CUGCUGCUGCUGCUGCUGCUGCUUUCGGCUCUGAUCGCGGCAAUGAUUCGUUUGUGCCCAAGGCGGAGCCCCCUUCUCUCACCCUCGUUUCCUUCGACAGUCCUGAUUCUCAUGAAGUUGAUGAAGAAACCUAUCUGGCUCUUGCUCACCAGAAGUACAAGAAUGGUGAUUAUAAGCUGGCGUUGGAGCAUAGCACUAUAGUUUAUGAGAGGAAUCCACUUCGCACAGAUAAUCUUCUUCUGAUGGGUGCCAUAUACUAUCAGUUGAGUGACUUUGAUAUGUGUAUUGCAAAAAAUGAAGAAGCUCUUCGUCUAGAGCCGCGUUUUGCUGAGUGUUAUGGAAACAUGGCUAAUGCUUGGAAGGAGAAAGGAAAUAUAGAUCUUGCAAUUCGUUACUACCUGAUCGCCAUUGAGCUGCGACCCAAUUUUUGUGAUGCAUGGUCAAACUUGGCCAGUGCUUACAUGCGAAAAGGAAGGCUUAAUGAGGCUGCUCAAUGUUGUCGUCAGGCACUUGCAUUGAAUCCUCUUCUGGUUGAUGCUCAUAGCAACCUUGGGAACCUCAUGAAAGCACAAGGGAUGGUUCAAGAAGCAUACAGCUGCUACCUUGAAGCUUUACGCAUUCAGCCUACAUUUGCUAUCGCAUGGUCAAAUCUCGCUGGUCUUUUUAUGGAAUCUGGUGACCUUAACAGAGCACUUCAAUACUACAAGGAGGCCGUAAAACUCAAACCCCAAUUUCCAGAUGCCUAUCUGAACCUGGGUAAUGUUUAUAAGGCUUUGGGAAUGCCUCAGGAGGCAAUUGUGUGCUACCAACGUGCUAUUCAGAUGCGCCCCAACUAUGCUAUAGCAUAUGGUAAUUUGGCAAGUACUCAUUACGAACAAGGCCAACUUGAUCUGGCAAUACUUCACUACAAGCAAGCUAUUACAUGUGAUCCUAGAUUUUUGGAGGCAUAUAACAAUUUGGGUAAUGCUCUAAAAGAGUUUGGUAGAGUGGAUGAAGCUAUACAAUGUUACAAUCAAUGCCUUGCUCUGCAACCAAGCCACCCACAAGCUCUUACCAACCUCGGGAAUAUAUACAUGGAAUGGAAUAUGGUGCCGGCUGCUGCUUCAUAUUAUAAGGCCACACUGAGAGUAACUACUGGCUUGUCAGCCCCUUUUAAUAAUCUCGCCAUCAUUUAUAAGCAGCAGGGGAAUUAUGCUGAUGCAAUUUCUUGCUACAAUGAGGUCCUCCGAAUUGAUCCAUUGGCAGCUGAUGGCCUUGUCAAUAGGGGAAAUACUUAUAAGGAAAUUGGAAGAGUGAGUGAUGCAAUUCAGGACUACAUUCGGGCCAUUAAUAUCCGGCCUACCAUGGCUGAAGCUCAUGCUAAUUUAGCUUCAGCUUAUAAAGACAGUGGACACGUGGAGGCUGCUAUAAAGAGCUAUAAACAAGCAUUGCAUCUUCGGCCUGAGUUUCCUGAGGCAACAUGCAACCUUUUGCAUACACUACAGUGUGUCUGCAACUGGGAGGACCGUGAUAAAAUGUUUGCUGAGGUAGAAGGGAUCAUCAAGAGGCAAAUUAAUAUAUCUGUUCUACCAAGUGUUCAACCUUUUCAUGCAAUAGCAUAUCCAAUUGACCCGUUGCUUGCCCUUGAAAUUAGCCGCAGUUAUGCAUCACACUGCUUGAAAAUUGCAUCUCGAUUUUCACUUCCUAGUUUCAACCACCCUUCACCAGUUCCUAUUAAGUGCAACGGGGGAUUUGAGAGGCUUAGGAUUGGUUACGUCAGCAGUGACUUCGGUAAUCACCCCUUAUCACAUCUUAUGGGAUCUGUUUUUGGCAUGCACAACAGGGAACAUGUUGAGGUCUUUUGCUAUGCUUUGAGUCCAAAUGAUGGUACGGAGUGGAGACAUCGUAUUCAAUUUGAAGCUGAGCACUUCAUAGAUGUUUCUGCCAUGACAUCUGAUGUGAUUGCAAAAAUGAUCAAUGAAGACAAAAUACAAAUUUUAAUAAAUCUGAAUGGUUAUACUAAGGGGGCUAGAAAUGAAAUUUUUGCCAUGCAGCCGGCACCUAUUCAGGUUUCAUACAUGGGCUUUCCAGGAACAACAGGAGCAACUUACAUAGAUUAUUUAGUGACUGAUGAGUUUGUUUCACCUUUACGUUAUGCACAUAUUUACUCUGAGAAGAUUGUCCACCUCCCACACUGUUACUUUGUAAAUGAUUAUAAGCAGAAAAAUCUGGAUGUGUUGGAUCCAAAUUGCCAGCACAAACGUUCAGAUUAUGGAUUACCUGAAGGGAAAUUUAUCUUUGCUUGCUUUAAUCAGUUAUACAAAAUGGAUCCAGAGAUCUUCAACACCUGGUGUAAUAUUCUUAAACGUGUGCCAAACAGCGCACUUUGGCUUCUGAGAUUCCCUGCUGCUGGUGAAAUGAGGCUUCGAGCAUAUGCUGCCGCUCAAGGAGUGCAACCAGAGCAAAUAGUUUUCACGGACGUUGCCAUGAAAAAUGAACAUAUCAGACGUAGUGCAUUAGCAGAUUUGUUCCUGGACACGCCUUUGUGUAAUGCACAUACAACAGGAACAGACAUCUUAUGGGCGGGUUUACCAAUGGUUACCCUGCCCCUCGAGAAAAUGGCUACAAGGGUUGCUGGGUCUCUCUGUCUGGCGACUGGACUGGGAGAUGAGAUGAUUGUUAACAGUAUGAAAGAGUACGAGGAGAGGGCAGUAUCAUUGGCACUGAAUCGGCCGAAGCUCCAAGCACUUACCAACAAAUUGAAAGCAGUGAGAAUGACUUGCCCUCUAUUUGACACGACUCGAUGGGUAAGGAAUCUGGAGAGGUCAUACUUCAAAAUGUGGAACUUGCAUUGUUCGGGGCAGCGGCCGCAACAUUUCAAAGUGACCGAAAACAAUUUGGAGUUCCCCUAUGAUAGAUAGCACAGCCAUUCCACGCCUUCAUUGUUUGUAUUGGUAAGCCUUGCUGGUAGUUUUGAUGUGAUCUGAUCAGCAGAGUGUUGUAGCAUAUUCGACUAGUGGGUUGGGUGCUCGACAUUGACAUUGUAUUCCAUGGUGUUCCGAGUUUCUCCGUAUGACAAAAGGAUCAGCUUCUCGAGUUUAAUAUCUGCUGCCAUUGCCUAGGAGAAUGCUACAGAGGUUGUUUGUUUGUUUCGACUUGAUUCAGAUUGCUGGUGUGUGGUUAAAUAGAAUGUUGUAAGGUAAGCAGUGGAAUAAAGCAAAGAAACCAACACCUUUUGGUCGUGAGGUAGUGAAAUAUUUCAGAUUUGUUUCUUGUUUUAUUGUUGAGAUUACAAGAAAAUAUAAGCAGCAGCUGUUCUAUUAUUAUAUUGUUCAAGAUAUUAUGGCCAAUAAUAUCUUAUGUAUUUUGUGUGCUGGAACCAUUUAGGCCAUUCUCGAUAUGUGAAUAUGCUAUUUGAAUACUGAAUCUCUAUUUGUUGGAAGGAUUUAAGGGAAAAAUUUAUGGUUAA